ACAAGCCCAAAACACGGCCGCGAAGGCGGAACGUAACCAAACCAUUUGCACACGCAGACAUGGGUGUAGCGGUAUGGCUAUACGGCCUACGGCGUGGCAGUCCCCAGAAAACAGCUACCUCUCCUACGCCGCGCUCUCUCCAGUCUCCAGUGAGUUUCCACCCACCCACCGGUGAGGCUAUAUAUCCCUCGGCACCCUCCCCCUCCUCAACCUAUCCUACAACACUACAAACAUCUCCCCGGAACAGAAGCAUACAUACGCGGUGCCCAAGCCCAGCUAUAGCCAGCUUCCAGCAGUGGUGCACUGAAAAUGGACAGCGCCAGCAGCCUCGUGGACGACACCAGCAGCGGCAGCGGAGGCGGUGGCGGCGCGUCCACGGACAAGCUAAGGGCUUUGGCCGUCGCCGCCGCCGCCUCGGGCCCGCCGCUGGAGCGCAUGGGCAGCGGCGCCAGCGCGGUCCUUGACGCGGCCGAGCCGGGCGCCGAGGCGGACUCUGCUGCUGCCGCCGCCCCGGGCGCGGUGGGCGUGGGCGGGAAGCUGCCGUCGUCCAGGUACAAGGGCGUGGUGCCCCAGCCCAACGGGCGGUGGGGCGCGCAGAUCUACGAGCGCCACCAACGCGUGUGGCUCGGCACGUUCGCGGGCGAGGCCGACGCCGCGCGCGCCUACGACGUCGCCGCGCAGCGGUUCCGCGGCCGCGACGCCGUCACCAACUUCCGCCCGCUCGCGGACGCCGACCCGGACGCCGCCGCCGAGCUCCGGUUCCUCGCGUCACGCUCCAAGGCCGAGGUCGUCGACAUGCUCCGCAAGCACACCUACUUCGACGAGCUCGCGCAGAACAAGCGCGCCUUCGCCGCCGCCGCCGCCGCCGCCGCCUCGUCCGCGGCCACCACCACCGCCUCGUCACUAGCCAACAACAACAACAACCAUUCCUCCCUCGCGUCGCCCUCCCCCGCGACGGCUCGGGAGCACCUCUUCGACAAGACGGUGACCCCGAGCGACGUGGGCAAGCUGAACCGGCUGGUGAUCCCGAAGCAGCACGCCGAGAAGCACUUCCCGCUGCAGCUCCCGUCCGCCGGCGGCGAGAGCAAGGGCGUGCUCCUCAACCUGGAGGACGCCGCGGGCAAGGUGUGGCGGUUCCGCUACUCCUACUGGAACAGCAGCCAGAGCUACGUGCUCACCAAGGGCUGGAGCCGCUUCGUCAAGGAGAAGGGCCUCCAGGCCGGCGACGUCGUCGGCUUCUACCGCUCGUCCGCGGUCGGCGCCGGCGCCGACACCAAGCUCUUCAUCGACUGCAAGCUGCGUCCCAACAGCGUCGCCACCGCCUCGACGACGACAGGCCCCGCCGUGGGGUCAUCGCCUCCGGCUCCGGCUCCGGCGCCGGUGGCGACGAAGGCCGUGCGUCUCUUCGGCGUCGACCUGCUGACGGCGCCGGCCGCCACCGCCGCGGCGCCAGCGGAGGCCAUGGCCGCCGGGUGCAAGAGAGCCCGGGACUUGGCCUCGCCCCCGCAGGCGGCGUUCAAGAAGCAGCUCGUGGAGCUGGCACUAGUGUAGACGGACUAAUGCGACGGACGGAGCGAUCGAUCUUUCUCUUUCCCUAGUUUAGCAGCUAGUCGUUUUCUUUUUGCCCGAUCGCUCAACUCAGAUGGUAGCAUCACCGUUCACCGAGCUGAAUUUAGUCCCUUCUCGGCAAGCAUCUCACUUAGUUCGUUCGUUUGUUUAUUUCCCAUUUCUUCUUGCAUUGCUUCGAUGUAAAUCUUCUCCUCAACUGUAUACUUACUGCUAAUGGAGGAAAAAGAAAAACAGCCCUAGAAGGCUAGAUGAUGAUCAUCUGAUCUGACACAGAAGAAGCAGAAACAUUCUAAACAUCA